UAAAAUUUUUUUAUUAUUUUUAUUUUGUUACAUUCUUAGGAGAAAUAUUCACCGCAUGCCAUUUGCGCUCACACAACAGAAGCUGGAAUAGCAAAGCACCAGAGAUGAACGUCGGAGAAGCCUUUGGGUGAGGCUAACCAAGGCUGAGCCCAAAUCAAUACCCUUCAUAGCUGUCUGUUUCCACAGAAAGAAGUUUGUUCUCUGUGAAUUCUAGUGGGAAAGAAUGACAAUGAUCAUACCUCUUCUUUGAAAAGCCACUGUCUUUCGACGCCUUGCACAGUACUUCACGCUAUUCGCAGCGCACUUCAUUCCGUCAUUUAUGUUCCUGCUAAUGCGGGCAUCGGGAUCCUCUCACCGAUGGCGGAAACUGAGGCUCCAAGGGUGUAAGAGUGACCUCCUAAGGAUUUCAUGGGCAACAAGGUGACUGGCGCUUUUCCUAUCAGGAGGCAUGGAGGUGUCGCUGCCCCGUUAGCAUGCUCUUUAGCCAGAAGGCUUUUCGAUUUUAAGAAAAAUCAGACCCUGACCAGCCACCCCACACUGCCAAGGGAAAGCAGGUGACCGUGUUUACAAUGUUUCACAAGCAAAAACUCCACGUCCUAGUGGCACGUCCACCGCCAAAGGGGCAACGGGAGCUGCGUCGGUGCCGCCGGUACCGAGCAGGGCAGCUGGGUCAGCCCUACGCCCCGAAGGGCCACGCGCGGGGCAGGGCCACAAGGUACCUCAUCCGGAAUCCCGCCCCGGGGACCGGGGAUGCGGUGAAAGGAGGUGGCUCAGGCAUGGAACCGCCGACCCGGCAAGCUGCUGGGGCCAGCUUUGGGUCGGGGCUCUUUAGAACUUGAACUUGGAGUUCUAGCCUGGCCGCCCGCACAGCGAGCAGGACAACCCCCUGUCUGCCCGCCCCAGCCGAAGCCACGGUUUCCGCGACGCGGGGUGGGGGAGGGGGGGAGGCGCUCGACUCUCGACUGCUCGCGUCUGGCGGCGGCGGGCGGUGCUCGCGGCGGCUGGGGCUCGGAGCUCGCGGAGUCGGGUCUGGCCGCGCAGGCGCGGCGCGCUCAGCAGCGGCAGGGGUCCUCGGGCGGGGGCGGGCACGGGCACGGGCGCGGCGAGGCGGGCAUGUCGAGGACCUCGAAGGCAGUGCUGGGCCUCUCGGUGGUGCUGACGGCGGCCACCGUGGCCGGCGUGCAUCUGAAGCAGCGGCAGGACCAGCAGGUCGGUGUCACGUGACCGUCUCUUCGCGGGCCGCGGCACUCUGGUCCCUCCGCAUGGCUCCCCGCGCCGCCGCGUCUGGCCCCGCUCCUGGCCGUGCGGCGGCGGCCUGGCUCCCCCACGCCUCCCCCUGCGGCCCGGCUCCCCCACCCCUCCCCCUGCUGUCCGGCCGCCGCGCGCUCCGCCCGGGGCGCUGCAGCCCCGCGGCCGCGCGCGCCUUCGGGGCCCAGGGGAGCCCCGGGCAGUCCCGGCCCUCCGCGCCGGAGUCGGCGGGCUCCGCGCACGCGCGCCCGCGGGCUGUCGGCCAGGCUGUUUCCCAGGGGCAGCCGGCCCGCGGGGUCGGCAACCUUUCAGCACCUCGCUUGGGCCGCGGGAGGGUAGAGGCGGGGAAGGGUUUCCUUGGGGUGCACCCAGCAAAUGACCGGCCUUCUGCCACUCCCAGGCUCAAGAAAUGUCUGUGACUUAUUGAUCAGUAGACUGGCGGUCCAUUCUCUCUCUUUGAGUUCACGUUUUCUUUCUUAUUCAAUUGGCAAACGUUUAAGGACGAUCGCUGUGUGCCAGGCACAACACCAGGCUCUUCGGGAGCCAAAGAUAAGGAAGCACAGCCUCUGCUGAGACUGAGUGAUUCCAUCAGUGCUGGAUGUUGAAUGUCAGAAGGGGCAACCAGACCGUUGGUGAACUCUCGAGAACACCUUGUUGGGGGUUUGGGGGUUGCCAAAGGUGGAAGUAAUGACCAGGAUGAAUCAAUAGUAAACCAUUUUUUCGUGCCUUGGACGGUGCUCUGUGCUCCGUAUAGAGAGAUGAAGCAGAUGAGGCCUUGUCCUGGGUGUUCACCCUCUGUGGAAAUCAGAGCAGAAACCUGUGAUGAUACUAGAGUUUUGCAGAGGCGGUAAUGGGAUGAUUAAUGAUGAAAGGGCCUGGAAGAGAUUAGAGAUUUGGGAUUAAAGUACAGGUAUUAAGGAGGUAGCUCUUGGAAUAGAGGCAGAAGGCUUCCUCUAAGAAGGAAAAGAUGGUGCUCUUGAGACAGUUUCAGAUGGAGUGGAGGAUAGUAUGUCAGAUGUAGCUGUGAGGUCAGUGAAUGCAGGGAUUUUCAAAGUACGGAGUAGGGAUAGGUUAGAGCUUGGUUCUGAACCCUAGCUACAGGUCCCAAGUUCCUGGGAAGUUUUGACAGUGCAGCUGAGGCUGGACCCUACUCCAGACCUGUUAAACAGAAUCUCUUGGGGGUGGGGAUCCAGCUUAGCUAUGUUUUAAAAUCAACUGAGGGGAUUCUAACAUGCAGCCCAGGUUGAGGACCACUGUGUUAGAAAGUGGAAGAACAGGAGGAUUUAGAUAUUUGGAAGUUAGAGGUAAAGAAAAAAUUGACCAGAAUCAUCUGUGUUUGUUUUACAUCCGGACAUUCAUUGUGGGCUUACUUCCUAGCAGUGGGAAGGAGUAGGACAAAAGACUGAGGGGCCGGCCCAGUGGCAUGGUGGUUCAG